UUACCUUUUUAUCUACGGAUUGCGCGGCCAAAUCAAAGCAAUAUGGCGGCUUGACAUAAUAACUUUUGAUACGGAAUAUAUUAUUUUGAUUGUAACGAAAUAAUCAUCACAGAAUCCGAUUAAAUUUUGAUUUAUGUGAAGGUGUAUGAGAAACUAUCUGGUGGUACAUAGGCUUGACCGUAACCUAUUUGCUAGUAGAAUAUAAGUGUAAUUUUUUUCUGUUUAAAACUAGAUGUGCUUCCAAGAUUUAUUUUAUUAAUGGAUGCAAAGAUGUCCUUAAUUAUUAAAUUAAAGUAGUAAUGUUAUGCAAUAAGUUAUAGUAUCAAAUACUGUUUUUCUAUGAAGAAUUAUGUCGUCUACACAAACCAAAAUGCGAGGUCCUGGAAGACCACCAAAAUCAAAAAACUCCUGUACAUGGUGCGGGGAAACCAAGCAGCCUUUAAAAUAUGUUCUUCCAACGCAACAUGGAAAGAAAGAAUUCUGUUCAGAAACUUGUUUAUCAGAAUUUCGCAAGGCUUAUAUACGAGGUGCUUGCGUUCAAUGCGACAAUGUUAUUAGAGGUACACCAGUGAGAUUAGAGCAAAAAGAUGGGCCUACAAAAGACUUUUGCUCUCCAUUUUGUUUAAAUAAACAUCAAAAGAAGGAAGGACAAACAGAUAUAAAGAAAAAUAAUAGGGACCAGUCAUCUCCUGCACCAUCCCUUGCACCAUCGGGAUUAAUAAGUGGAAAUAAUAUUCCUUCUACAACUCAAUCAUUUACAAAUACAAGCCAUACAAAUAUAUCUCACUCCCCAUCAACCUCUACUGGUCCAUUUCAGUAUGAAACGUAUCAAACUUUUGAUUGGGAUCUUUACUUAAAAGAAACAAACAGCCAAGCUGCACCUAUAGAAUGUUUCAAACAGCAUGAGAUUCCAUCAACUAAUGAAUUCAAAAUGGGUAUGAAAUUAGAGGCUCUUGAUCCUCGUAAUUUAACAUCAACAUGUAUUGCGACUGUAGUUGGAGUUCUUGGUCCUCGUCUUAGACUUAGGUUGGAUGGUUCAGAUAAUAAAAAUGAUUUUUGGCGUUUAGUUGACAGUAAUGAAAUUAAUCCAAUUGGUCAUUGCGAAAAAUCUGGUGGCAUGUUGCAACCACCAUUGGGCUUCCGAAUGAAUGCUUCCAGUUGGCCAAUGUUUCUUCUGAAAACAUUGAAUGGUGCUGAAAUGGCACCUGCAAAAGUAUUUAAACGCGAGCCAAAAACUCCGCGUUCUAAUAUGUUUGAAAUUGGACAUAAAUUGGAAGCCAUAGAUAAAAAGAAUCCACAACUUAUUUGCACAGCAACUGUUGGUGCAGUUAAGGAAGACAUGAUUCAUAUUACAUUUGAUGGCUGGCGGGGAGCGUUUGAUUAUUGGUGUCGUUUUGACUCUAGAGAUAUCUUCCCUGCUGGGUGGUGUUUUAAAAGUGGUCAUCCAUUACAACCACCUAGACAGAAAUCGACAGGGCCUAAUAGAUUUAAGUCUAGGACAAGUAACAUCUUACCAGUAAUGGCAGUGUCUGGUGGAGGCACUAAUGGAGAACCAGCUGUUGCUUUAGUGAGUCCUGCUGGUUCAAGUGCUCCACCACAACCAGCCACAGAACCUGAUACUAGUACAGCUAAUACCAAACCACAUUCUUUAGAGAAUGUUACAAUUUAUGUAAAUCAUAAUUGCACAUGUGGUCCCUAUUUUGAUCCUCGUAAAGUAAAGGCAAUGCCAGCACAAUUUGGUACUGGCCCUAUACUAAAUGUUACAAGAGAUAUAUUUCAAGCUUUCUUGAUGGCAGCAAUGAGUCCAAGACAGAUGUUGAGUCUGUUAAAACGUGGCGAAGGAGAAACUAUAAGCUUAAUUUUAGAGAGUAAACCUACUUCUGUUAGGUUACCUAUAUUUAUGGAAGAAGAAGAUUUUUAUAUAUACAUUAGGCGACAACUUGAGGAUCUUUGUGCAUGUGAACAUAUGUUAUUUAGAAGGAAAGAACCCUGCAACAAAUGUCCAAAUACUCAACAACCACAAUCCACCAAUAGCGAAGAAGCAGUUAAUACUGCUACAGCUACAACUAAUAGUACUACUGCGGCAGAAAAACGAAGGUGGUCUCCAAGUCAGCAAAACCUGUCGUCAACUAUCCCACAGCAGCAAACACAACAAAAUUCUGUACAAAGUAUAAACAAUUCAUCAUUAUCCUCACCAACAGCUACAAAACAACCACGAAAAUCUGUUCCAGAGCUUGAAGCUGCAACAUCCACUACCCAAUCUGAAACUUCCACAAAUCGCACACCUUCUAUUGAACCAGCAGAAUGGACUAUUGAAGAUGUAAUACAUUAUAUUGGUGUUACUGAUCCUGCAUUAGGACAGCAUGCGGAUUUAUUCAGGAAACAUGAAAUUGAUGGGAAAGCUUUGUUACUUUUAAAUUCUGAUAUGAUGAUGAAAUAUAUGGGAUUAAAACUUGGACCAGCACUUAAAAUAUGCAAUUUGGUAAAUCGUAUUAAAGGUAGAAGGCAUAUACUUCUAUGACUUUAUCAAACAUCAAACUAUGUACAGUGAGUUAAAUUGACGUAUUACUUAAACUAGCUGGUCAAGUUUGUUUUCAUCAUUGAGAACAAAAUAAUAUAUAUAAGUUGUUAAAAUAAUGUGAAUAUAUUGAGUAUAAUUUUUCAAAACCUUCAUUCAUCGAUUAACAUAGAUUUUAAAUAAAAAAGAAUCAAAGUUUAAUUUUAUUUUAGUAUUUAAAUAUUUUUCUUGCUUUAAAAAUAUGUAAAGUUAUAUUAAUUAUAUGAAUGUAAAAUCUUUUUGAUAAUGAACAAAGUUAAAGAUGUCUAUAGAAGAAUUCUAGAAUCUAAUUAGACUAGUUGAUUCAACUCCAAAUGCUAAAUAAUCAGGUUAAAUAAGAAAGUUAUUUCCUGCAAUAUGUUUGCCUUUUCCAAACUUUAUUGCAAUUUUUAUAUGUUCUCUUGGAAAGAUAACUUUUACUAAGUUAUCUCAAUUUCUUAAGUGAGAACACUCCUUGUGACAUAAAAACAGUGUGAAGUAUAUUUAGUACAACGAUUGUUUUUGCAUUUCUUUUUGGAUAUAAAUUGAGUUUGUUAUAUUAUAUAAAUAUUAGCAUAAUUAUAUGUAAUUAUCUAUGAAAUAUUUCUUAUUUGUUAAUGUAAAAGUAAACUUUCGUGCAUUUUUGUUAAAAAAGAACAUAAGUCAUAAGAAACGCAUGUACAAAAUGUAAUUAUUUUAUGUUUCAUAACACGUAUUUAAGAACGAUUAUAUGUAAUUACUUCUUAUAUGUAGUUACUAUCUGUUUUAUGAUGUACUGUUACAACAAAUAAUAAGGUAUCAUUUUAUACAUGGAAAGGCAAUAUGUUCUACUUUAUAUCUUCUAUAUAAGGCAAAAAAUUUAAAACACAGACUAUCGUAUUUGUUAAAACAUAAUAACAUUUUCUUACAUAUUUUUGGCACUUUGUUGUUAUUUCUUUUUUCUUGUUUUUAAUAGAAAUAAUAUAUAUGUAAUAAAGUACAUUUUUAACAAAUCUAAUUUUAAAUAUAUAAUUCAAAUAAAGUUGAAUUGCCAUGUCAUAUGAGUUUUAGAGAGAACAUACGCUUUUAUACUUUAAAUAUAUGCGUAAAUGUUUAUAUUUUUUAUAAUAACAAUACUUCUACUUUCAUGUAAAAAAGGAUUUCUAGAUAUUAUCUAUUCAUAAUAUAUUUAUUAAUGUAAUUUCAUAAAAAUAUUUUCUAAAAGUGUGAACAGCGUAUAAUUCAUAAGCAGGGGCAUUAUAAGGUAAUUUAUGUAAUUUUUUUUACAGUUCUUUUUGCAGAUACAGUAUUAUAUAUUUGCUUAUUUUCAUUUAUGAUAUUUUAAAAGAUUCUUUUAGUAAUUUGUUAAAGUAUGUUUAUUGCAUAGUGUUAACCCUUUGCGGACACGUGUCGGCAUAUAGCCGCCCAAAUCUGUUCACAGUUUCGAACACUUAUUUUGAAGUGGCUGGCAUACGUCUAUUUUUCUGAGCGAUAAUUUAAUGUGUAUUUAUGUAUGGGUAUAAUAAACUAAACAGUAUUAUGUUUUUUGAUGAAAGAAAAUUAUAGAUCUUUAGAAAUGUUAUCUUCCGUAAACUCGAGAUGUAGGAUGAUGGUCGAGUUAAAACGAAUUUCAAUCUUUCAUUGACAUUUCCAGAUGAAUCAGCAAACUUUUUAUAUGUUUUAUAUAUUUUUUAUAAUACCUUAUACACGAUGCCUAAAAUAUCCAGAAAGAACAUGUUCGAUAGCGAUAGUAGUGAUGACGAGCAUUAUUUUGAACCUAGAUAGAACAAGAUAGAAGACGACGAUAGUGCUUCAGACAAUGGAACGAACUCCGUUUAACAAGGAAUCGGCUCAGACGUUUCAAUAUUUCUAGUAAUAGUGACAAUGAUGAUGAACUAAAUAUUGAUGAAAAUAAUACAAGCCUCGACAAUGAAUAACGCAACAUUCAACGUGUAUAUUUUCUCCACUACGUGCGCCAAUACCUCUCGUCACAGCGACGCUUGCUCGUCGAGCGACCUCAUCCGCAAAGGGUUUAUAAAUAUAAUUUCCAUUUCGAUGUGUACAUAUAAAAAAUUUGAAUGUGUGCAAAAUUAUCUCUGUGAUACAUUGCAUAAUUAUAAUAUUAAAAAUUAGUUAUUAAACAUGUAAAAACUUAAGAAACAGAAUAUUCGAAAAGUUUUGAUUUACAUCUAACAUAUAAUGAAUUUUAAAUUAUAUAAAUCUCUUAUACAUAAAUACAAAACAUAUGUAUAUAAGGAAUAAUGAUAUCAAUAUACAUUCUUAAUUAAAUUUAAUUCAAUAUAAAAAGAAUGGUAUUAGUAAUAAUAAAAUGGCUAUGAAAAAUACCACAAAAUAUCAUAAUAUUGUAAAGUAACAUAACAAGUUAUUCUUUCAUGAGUGAUUAAUCAAAUUAGGUUUGAUAAAUGAUAACUAAAUGGAGUUGGAUCAUAAAUGAAUUUAAUAGUUACUUUCAACGAUGUUACAAUUCCAUGCCUUACUUUUUUGCAACAUAAGAUUCAAAUCAUUAUAAUUUUAAAAAUAUUGCCAUUUUUAUAUAUUAUUACUUUUUUAAAGUUAUAAUUUUAGAAAGGUUUUGUAAUUGCACAGUAGAUAUUCUGAAUAGCAAAGGUAUUUUAGACAUUAUGUCAUAAUAAAAAUUAUAUAAUGAAUUGUUUAAUUAAAAAUAUAAUUAUGUUUGUCUACUCAACUAUUUCUUUAAAGUUGAUUUAUAUCUGAAUUUUAAAUAUUUUCAUAUAAUGAACUUCUCAUAACAUCUCUUUGUCAGUGAUGCUCACGUGAGAGAAUAAAACUGUGUUAAAAAUA